GCCUAACCCCAAGAUCUGCCCGUCGGGUGGCUGAGGUCGAGCUUUUCAAUCCACAGCAUCACCAUCCCAACCCCAAGCCGGGUCCAGACUGAAUUCCCAUCCCAUCGCAAGGGUCCACAGGCUCAGGCUCAGGCUUACCGAUCGCACUAUCUUUUGCACACUCCAGCCUGUCGUCGCCGACACGUUGGGACUGCCCGCCGUCGCCAGCUCUGCGGCAACAAGCCUCGGCCACCGUCUUUUUUCCUCGCUCUCCGCCUCUGCCCGACGCACUGCCCGACCGAUGGCUUCUUGAGCACGAGCACGACAACUGGUGUCAUAGCCCGCCCAUCCGCCCCAUCCACACCCACACCCGCACCCGCACCCACCGACCCAACACCGACCGCCCCCAACUCCUCGCCCAGUCCUGAUCUUAGCCUGCCAGUGACGCACGACAAAAUACCCCAUCCUGAUCAUCCAUCAGUCCUUGCUCGCCGCCGCAUCGCAUCGCGUCGCCUGGUCGCCUGGUCGCUGGGUCGCCUGGCCGGGCCCUCUUGCCUCUCCCGUCCCCACCCCGCGCGCAUCCGUUGUCGCGCGACCACUCUCGUCCAAGGUGGCGGCGCUUACCCUCCUCAGCUCCUCCGAGACCGAACUUUCCCUCCAGCAGCACCUCAACAUCGCCCCCGACCUCCUCGCCAGCUACGGGCGCAUUGCCGCAGACCACAGGGACCAAGAGCCGUUGAUGAUGGCACAGCCCGUGCCUCAUCAAACGACCGACAGGAGGCGCGUCAAGGUCUACGAGCUCCGCGACAACGACUGGUUCGACCGCGGCACCGGCUUCUGUACCGCAGCAUGGACUGAAACCGAAGAGGGAAGGGCCAAAGAGCCCCGCGUGAUUGUUGAUUCCGAAGAUGAACCGCUGAGGACAUUGCUGGAGACGAGGAUCUGUAAGGAAGAUGGCUUCCAGAAGCAACAAGAAACCCUCAUCGUCUGGACGGAGCCGAGCACGCAGGUCGAUAUGGCCCUGAGUUUCCAAGAAGCUGAUGGCUGCGCCCUGAUAUGGAAAUUUGUCAACGAUGUCCAACGAACACUACAAGGAGACAUCGCAGGUCCAGUUGACGACAGCCUCUCAGACGAUCUGGCAAUAGACGUGCCCCCCUCCAUCCAACUUCCUCCCGCCGAACUGGGCAGCCUCACCGACCUCGAAGCCACAAUAAGAGUUAUCAGCAGCUCCGCCAAUGGUCGUGAGACCCUCGCCAAGUUAAUAAUGCACGAGGACUACAUCGGCAAAUUAAUGCCCUUGGUUGAGAUGGCCGAGGACCUUGAGAGCCUCCAGGACUUGCAUCGCCUUUGCAACAUCAUGAAGACAAUCCUCCUGCUUAAUGACACGACGAUUAUCGAACAUGCGGUGUCGGACGAAUGCAUCCUGGGCGUCGUUGGUGCCCUGGAGUACGACCCCGAUUUCCCACAGCACAAGGCGAACCACAGGCAAUGGUUAAAAGACCAGUCGAGGUACAAGGAGGUGGUUCGGAUCGAAGACGAUCAGGUCAGACGGAGGAUACACCAGACAUACCGCCUGCAGUACAUGAAAGACGUCGUUCUGGCCCGGAUCCUGGACGACCCCACCUUUUCGGUCUUGAACUCGAUGAUCUUCUUCAACCAGGUGGAAAUAGUUCAGCACCUUCAGUCCAAUGGCGCCUUCCUGCGUGACCUCUUCUCUAUCUUCAACCCAGAUGAGAAGGCGGAGCAGCUGAGAAAAAAGCAAGCGGUCCUGUUCAUACAGCAGUGCUGUGCCAUCGCCAAGAACCUGCAAAUUCAAAACCGGCAGGGCUUCUACAGCAGUCUGUUGAAUCACGGCCUGCUUGCCGUUAUCAACUUCGGCCUUCGCAACUUUGAUGUUUCUGUCCGCGUGGGCGCCACAGAUAUCCUGGUUUCCAUGAUCGACCACGAUCCUCACAUGAUCCGCCACACUCUCCUCCGGCAGAUACUGGCAAAGCAGCUCCCACUGACAGACACUCUCAUUGACUUGCUCCUGGUAGAGGUGGAUCUCGGAGUCAAGUCUCAGAUUUCUGACGCGCUCAAGGUCUUGCUCGACACUAUACCCACAAGUCAAGCGCCAGAUGGCGGUAUCAAGAUGGUCAAUGGGGAGCUCCAGUCACGGCCACGUCCAAUGAAUCAGAUCAAUAGCUUGGAGGGCCAGCAGCAAACCAUUCUGGAGGAUUUCUACGGACGAUCGGCAGCACGGCUGUUUAGACCUCUGCUUGAUUUGGAAGGCAGAACGGAACUCAAGUUCUCUGUGCACAACGAUGGCAUCUUCAGCUAUCUCAACGACAUCCUCUGCUUCUUUGCCCGACAACACCACAAUCUCUGCAAGAAGUUCAUCAGAGACCACAAUAUUGCGUCACGAUUCGCCCAGUUGCUAUCGUGUAAGGAAAAACACCUGCAGCUAGUGGCAAUCCGAUUCUUCCGCCAUCUGGUGAACCACGUCUCCGAUGAGUUUUAUGUCAGGCUUGUUGCUGAGAAGCAAGUCCUCGGCCCAAUCCUGGACGUCCUGUUGCUCACACUACCACGCGACAACCUCCUCAGUUCUGCGUGCUUGGAUAUCUUCGAGUACAUCCGCAAGGAGAACAUCAAAGAUCUCGUCAAGCAUCUGGUUGAGAACUAUAGGGAAAAGAUCACCGCGCUUGGCUAUCUUGAAACCUUCAGCGAUCUCGUCCGCCUUUACGAGCAGAGCAGAGGCUUUGCGGGCAACAUGGAUACAUACUUUAUGGAAUCUGAGGAUGAGAUGGGCCGGCGACCAACUCAUGUGAAUGGGCGCAUGAUGGAGCAGAUAAGUGUGGAUCCAAUGGAAGAAGAGUAUUGGAACACGUCCGACGAUGAGGAAGAGAACCAGACAAAGCUGGCUGCGAGGGGCUCUUUGGUGGCAGGGCCCAGCCCUGGCCCCGGUCCGCUCAGCGCCCUUGUCGACUAUCACUCAGACGAAGAGUCAGACGAGAAUGGUGGUGACGUGGUCAUGGCCCAGACCGACUCGGAGAUCAGCAAGGAGGGUAAAGGCGUAAAGUCCGAAGAGGAGCCUCUGACCCCGAACAGCACAGACACUGCGCCGCUAUCGUUGAGCUCAACGCCGCCCGAGCGACUUAGUGAGAAGCGUCGGCGAGAGGAAGAGGACGACGACGAGUUGGGGAAGAUGAUGCAGCAGAACAAGCGGCGCAACAGCACGUCUGCAGUACGAAACGCUAGUGGUCCCGCGGCGACAAUUCCCAAGAAAAAGUCUUUCAAUGGAGCACCGAAUUCUGGCACUACAGGGGUGAAAAGCAUCAACAUCAGACUCGGAGCUACCGUCCAGAACUCCGUUGGGCAGGGCUCGCCAGGACAGGACGAUGGGUCAUGAAGUGUAACGCUCUGGUCUUUUUUGGAAUAUGGGUGAGAAUAUGCUCACACGCCAACUUCGUGGCCACAAUGACGAGGGAUCAACGGAGAUACGACAGAGUCUAUCUCUGUCUCGGCGCAUUGCGGUGACCAGCGAAUUUCGGAACGCUCUUCUUUUGGGCACCUAGAGCCUUUGCUCGCGCCUGCAUAGACUUGGCGAGGACGAGAUAGCGCAGCUUGGCUUGGGGUCCGAAACAAGACAAAGAGUCCCAAAUUAGGUGUGGAGGUGUAUGACACUGCCAGCCGGCCCAGGCGUUUCGUGCUCACGCUUUUACCAAGAAGACAAAUGAGUCCACACAUAAAAAGACAUAGGUAUUCGCGAGCGACUGUUUGCAUUUGUAUCAUAUAGGGAUUUGGCAGGAACGGAUUUCAAGGGGGGCACUGGAGGCGUUGAAGCUGCUUCUUUGGUCUUGGGAGGGAAACCAGAGCUUGCCCUCCGUCAUUGAUUCCCCCACGCGACUUGAUGACGAGACAUCAAACAAUGAAAAAUUGGCUCUACCGCUCCCUUUUUGGAUGUACAGAACAUGGCCCAACAUACGUGUGUCUAUAGAAUGUUGACAAUAUGGUGACCCACGAGCAAGUCCUGUCGCACGCAGAUUUCAAGCAUGGAUGACCUUCAAAGUUUAAAGGUAGUGCCUCGGCGAUGGCGCUCCGGAUGGGGGAUGUCAACCGUAACAUUUACUAAACCUUCCCCAUACUACUCCGCAUUAGGUGGACCGAGUCA